GCGGCUCUAUGAAGGACCCCAUAGGGCACGUCUCACGAAUAAGAAGCGCCCACAUUCCAUAACAAAUACAUAUGCAGGUCCUGCCCACGAUUGUGUUUCACACCCCCCUGUUUUGUGUCUCUAUCUACCACACAUUAAGCGCCCAUACUGCAAGAGUGGGAAGCAAGUCAUAGCUUUGGCUGCAUCGCUGGACUCAGGUGUGUCAAUAUGAGGUCCACUCUGCGCAUAUAAUACUUCUAGUGAACAUUGUGUCUAUAUAAAGGGGGCGUAAACCACCACCACACUAUCCACAACACAUUUCUUCGCAGUCUCUUUCGAGCCACCCCAGCUACCCCAAGUUCUUUUAGAUAUUCUAGGAUAUUCUAGCAUUUUAUACAAAAUGAACCGUGUCCCCGCUCGAGGCUUUCAAACAGCAGCCACACGCGCGGUCAAUUGGAUUGGCAAUGUGUCUGUGUCAGACGUUGUGCAGAUGAACAAUGACACAGAAUGGGAAAAUGCCCUCGCCAGCGCGGCCUCGAAGGUGGAAGCACAAAACCCAAAGGUUGUCGAUGCUAAGAUACAAGGCGCCUUGGCACACACCUCGGCCAAGGACAAAGAGGAAAAGGAGAAAAUCGUUACAGUGGGCUUCUACAGCGCUGGUGGAACUAGGCUUUUGUCCUCCCAUGUUCGUCGGGAUGGCUCCUACAAGUCGUGGGAAAGUCGUGCAGGAAAAAGAUAAUGGAUUUUUAGUAGGACAGAUUAAUGUCAGCGAAGGACAUCUUCGAGGCUCUCAACCAUCAAAGUCCGCAAGUCCGGGAUCGUAAGCCAGCGAGGAUUGAUUAGAUUGGAAAGAAGGCCGGAUGGCUCAUCGAGCUGGACUCAAAGCUUCAAAAGGCUAGGGGCCGAGACAGAUCACGAGACCCAGCCGUCCAAUGGCCCUGGGACCACAGUCCGUGCUGGCUCACAAGCCGCUGCGGACCGAGAGCCCGCUGGGCUGCAUGGCAACCAACUGGUAUCUCAAGGGGCCUGCAAUCGGGACAGGCUACGAAUCCAACGCUUGCAGGCCACCACGGGCCGAGAGCAU